ACAUCGUUGACAUUUUGGAAGAGUAAUGAGGAGUGAUGAGUAAAAUUAAUAGUUUUAGCACUUUUUAUACUCAAUUGCCAUUGCAUUAUUCAAUAAUUUUGAAAAAAUUAAAGUCGUAUGGGGUAGUUAAUUAUACAUUCAUAUCUAGAAUGGCAAUAUGUUACUACUAGUUGUGUUUGCCAUGCCCCUGGUUGUAAAUAUAAAACGCUAAACAGAAACAUUUUUCGAAUAAUUUUAAAAUUGUCUAACCUGCAAUUUAUUGGGAUAUUGAUACAAAAAUGAAAGUUUUGGAACAAUUAUGUUGAAAAUGAGCACCACAAAGACUAUACCACCUCCUGGAAGCACAAUUUUCGGGUGGAAAGAAUUUGUGUGUGGUUGGGGAGCAGCAUUUAUUAACAUAACAAUAACCUAUCCCGUUAACAAGAUCAUAUUUCGACAGAUGUUACAUGGUAUGAAAGCUUCAAGUGCUUUCUUACAACUUCAAAAUGAAGGUAUCGAAUUUUUAUAUAGGGGAAUGCUACCUCCUUUAUGUCAAAAAACGUUUUCAGUUUCUAUAAUGUUUGGGGUUUAUGAAGAAACUAGAAAACCACUAGUAAAUUAUGGAACAAAUCCAUAUCUUGCAAAAUCUAUAGCUGCUAUUCUUGCAGGAACAGCUGAAGCAAUUUUAAUGCCUUUUGAACGAAUUCAAACACUCUUAGCUGACUCUGCAUAUCAUCAUCAUUUUAGAAACACCUUUCAUGCAUUUAAAGUUGUAGGAUUGGAGUAUGGUGUCAAGGAGUAUUACAGAGGCUUAGUGCCAAUUUUAUUAAGAAAUGGCCCAUCAAAUGUGUUAUUUUUUGUCAUCAGAGAAGAGUUACAUGAAAGAUUUCACGAUGAUAAGAGACUUCCUAGAUCAGUGAUAAAUUUUCUUUCGGGAGCUGCAAUUGGAAUUAUACUUUCUGCUUUAUUCUAUCCUCUUAAUGUUGCCAAAAUUACUAUGCAGAGUCAACUAGGUGGCGAGUUUCAUGGUUUAAUACAUGCUAUGAAACAUAUGUACCAAAUGAGAGGUGGAAAAAUACGAUAUUUAUACUACGGUUUACAUACAAAUGUUAUGAGAGCGUGUCUUAGUUGGGGAAUCAUUAAUAGUGCUUAUGAAACUCUUAAGAAAAUUUUGUUUAAUGUUGAUUUUUAACAUAUUAUUAAAUUUAUUUAUUUAUAGAUAGGAAAUUUAAGUGUUCAGUGAGUAUCUUUUUUUACUUUAACAACUUUACAAUCUAAAUGUGAUUUCAUGUAUAAAAACUCUUCUGAGGAAGAUCUGUUGAUUAUUUUUUUAAAUGUUUUAUUUUCAACAACAGUUUCAAAUAAAACAUCAAAGUAAGUUGCAUUAUGCAAUA